CAAGUUUCUCUCUCAAGACAGCUCAGAGAAAGAGAGAGAGAGAAAGAGCCCACAGAAACCAGAAAAGAAAGAAACAUAAGCACUUGGAAGCAUCUGAAACUCUGCAACUCAAGAAAACGGAAAUGGCUGAGCUCGAGAACUCUCAUGAGAUGCCCAGGGUGAUCACCUUCCUCUCCUCUCUCCUUCAGAGAGUAGCUGAAUCGAACGACGUGAACCGACGGUUUGAGCCUCAGAAGAUCUCGGUUUUCCAUGGUCUCACCCGGCCGACCAUCUCAAUACAGAGCUACCUGGAGAGGAUCUUCAAGUACGCCAAUUGCAGCCCUUCUUGCUUCGUCGUCGCUUAUGUUUACCUGGAUCGAUUCGGACAGAGGCAACCCUUGUUGCCGAUCAAUUCAUAUAAUGUUCAUCGAUUGCUCAUCACCAGCGUUAUGGUCGCUGCUAAAUUCAUGGAUGACAUGUAUUACAACAAUGCUUACUAUGCAAAAGUUGGAGGGAUCGGCAUUACAGAGAUGAACUUCCUUGAGGUGGACUUCCUGUUUGGUUUGAGCUUCCACUUGAAUGUGACACCAAUCACUUUCCAGACGUACUGUUCUUACCUCCAAAGAGAGAUGAUCUUCCUGGAACCUCCUCUAAAUUUAGGAAGAUCUUUGAAACUCCAUUGUUGCUUCACUGAAGAUGAUUCCACCCACCGAAAAAAACAACUAGCUGUUUAAAGGUGUUGGAAUUGGGAAUUUGAAAAUUUCCCAAGUUAGAUGUAGAGAUAGAGAUAGAGAGAGACUCCCUCUCAAUCUCUCUCUUUUUCUUCUUUCCUUUUUUUUUUUUGCCAUUUCUGGGUUGGAAGAUGGAACCCAUGACCAUGUGUACUAAAGGCAUCAUCUAUCUGUCUUUUUGUGUUCCUUUUCUUGUUUUUGGACUUCAAGCAGUGAGUAUAAACAUAUAGGAAUUUCUUCUUUGCA